AUUCCCUUGCCCAAACGACCUUAAAUGCAACCAAGGAUUAUCGUAAUUUGUGACGCUUAAAAGGUGAGUCUGGAAAUAUGUCUGUCCCCCGCGUCGCAACGCCGUGAGAGUAAUGUAUAUUUCAUGAAUGUUACCCUUUUCGGCGUGCAUAAUUCAAUCCUAUAUGUCAAUGUUGUUUGCAGAUCUAAACAAACCAUUUUGAUAAGCUCCAACCAUCAGUCAAGUCAUUAGAGUAGGUCACUAAUUAUCUUGUCAAAUCCGGUUUGAACCGGUAUUUUUUGGUUUUAAUAUUCCUGAACAACGCGUCAUGGGGGAAGGAGCAGAGGGCAACGAGGAUGAAGUGCAUUUUCUUCGAACGGAGGAUGAAAUUUUUCUUCAAAGUACAAGUCUAAACCAGAAGGAAGCAGUUAAAGUUGCUCUAGCCGCAGAAGGUUUCGGAAAUAGAGUUUGUUAUGCGGAAUUAAUCUCUAAUUCAGAGUCCGCACCUACGGAAACACCACGAUGUAUUUUCAAACUUUCUCAAGCAUUAUCAGUUCGUGCAUUACAUGAGCUUCUCGCUACACCAGAGGAUGAUGGAGGAGAUGAGGUUUCAGAAGAUGGUGAUAACGGGAAUUCCUCGCAUCACGAAAAUGCUGAGGGAAAGACAGGGCAUAGCAGAACGCUGCUGUAUGGUAACGCUAUUCAGUUGAAGCAUGCAUUGAGUGGAAUGUAUCUUUCUUGCCUCUCUGCAUCUCGUUCAUCAAACGACAAACUCGCUUUUGAUGUUGGACUGACCGGCGAAGACACAGGUGAAUCAAGAUGGUGGACGGUUCAUCCUGCAUCAAAACAACGGUCUGAAGGAGAAAAAGUUCGAGUUGGCGAUGAUUUGAUUCUUGUCAGCGUUGCAACUGAACGAUAUCUGCAUCUUACAUUGGACACCAAUGGUUCACUUUGUGUUCUUGCAUCUUUCCAACAAACUUUGUGGACAGCGGGUCCAGUUUCAGCUGGAGCUGACAAAGUGCAAGGAUUUUUGCGUGGAGGAGACGUUUUGAGGUUAUUUCAUGGACAUAUGGACGACUGUUUGACGGUGCCACCAGCUGCUUCUGAGGAUGGACAAAGAAGGGGAGUUCAAUAUGAAGCUGGGCCUGCAGGAAGCCACGCAAGGUCUUUGUGGAGGUUAGAGUCAGUUCAAGUGAAAUGGAGUGGUGCACAUAUGUCGUGGGGGCAACCAUUCAGACUGCGACAUAUUACUUCAGGUCGCUACCUCUGUGCGUCAGAAGAUCGUGGAGUAUUGCUGAUAAGCGCGGAAGAAUCGUCCAUGAAGGCAACAGCAUUUUGUGCAAGGCAAUCUAAGGAUCGUACAGAACCAUGGGGUGAAAACGAAGUUGAAGGAAUGGGUCCUGCGGAAAUAAAAUACGGAGAUUCCGUUUGCUUUCUUCAGCACGCCAAAUCUGGAAAAUGGCUUUCUUAUCAGACGACAGAGUCGAAAGCAGCCCGUCUUGGAAAUCAAGAACUUAAGGCAAUUGUACAUCACGAAGGUCAUAUGGACGAUGGCUUUACUCUUUCAAGAGCUCAGUCAGGAGAAGCAAGAUCUGCGACAAUUAUAAGAAGAAGCGGUCAAAUAUUUUGGACAUUCAUUAAUGCAUUGGAUUCUCAUACAUCAAAAAAGCCUUCGCGCCGUCCAUCAGUGCUGAACAUUGACGAGAUGAUGCAAUGUAUUGAUGAUCUUACUGAAUAUUUCGGUGAAGUAUCGAGUCGAUUAGAACAUGCUGAAAAACAAUUUAAGGCACAAGAAUUGAAAAACAGGCAAGAUUUGUUUCAAGAAGAAGGAAUGAUAUCACUUGUACUAAGGAUAAUUGACAAACUCAGUUCAAUAAGUGAUACAAACGCUAUGGCAACUGUUGGAGAAGACCUAGCCGAAAAUUGGGAAAUCAUCUUGAACUCCCUGUAUGAACUACUUGCCUCAAUGAUCCGAGGAAACAGUGCAAAUUGUGCAAGAUUUUCAAAACAUCUUGAUUGGUUGAUUGGACAACUUGACAGACAACAAGCUUCAAUGGGUAUAUUAGAGGUACUUGCUGCUGUGUUGGAAGACAGUCAAGAGGCGCUGAAUAUUGUCAAACCACAACAUAUAAGAUCAAUAAUUGGAUUGCUGGAAAAACAUGGAAGAAAUCCAAAGGUUCUUGAAGUUUUAUGUUCGCUCUGUGUUUGUAAUGGAGUUGCAGUUCGUGCAAAUCAGAAUCUAAUCUGCGAUAACUUGCUACCUGGUCGGGAUCUUCUUCUCCAAACAGCUCUCAUUGAACAAGUCUGCAGCAUUCGUCCAAACGUGUAUAUGGGUGUGAGCGAAGGUUGCGCUCAAUAUAAGAAAUGGUAUUACGAAGUCCUCAUCGAAUCGAUUGAUUGUGCUGAUUAUCAAGAUCCAUAUUUACGCGUUGGAUGGGGAAGUACGAUAGGAUUUUCUCCUUACCCUGGCGGAGGUGAUAGUUUUGGUGGAAACGGUGUUGGCGAUGAUUUGCAUUCAUAUGGAUUUGAUGGUCUACAUCUGUGGUCAGGACACCGGGCUCGUACAGUUGGAUCAGCUAAUCAACAUGUACUUUGUGCCGAUGAUAUAAUCAGUUGCUGCUUAGAUUUAAAUGCUCCGAGCUUGUCGUUUCGUAUCAACGGACAACCCGUUCAAGGAAUGUUUGAAAAUUUCAACUUGGAUGGAUUAUUAUACCCCGUUGCCAGCUUUUCUCCUGGCGUGAAAGUUCGUUUCCUAUUCGGCGGACCGCACGGAGAAUUUAAAUUUCUUCCACCGGUAGGAUAUGCAGCUGCUUUUGAAGCACUUCUACCUGGCAGACGACUCAUUGUAGAAUCCUGCAAACAUUAUGGUGAUCCAAAUGAGGGUUUAUUACGAGGGCCAGGAUCUACGGCGGAACAAAACGUAUUUGUACCUAAUCCAGUUGACACAAGAAAUGUAAUCCUUCCUCACUAUUUACAAACUGUCGUAUCGAAACUUGCAGAAAACAUUCAUGAACUCUGGGCAAUGAAUAGAAUUCAAGGCGGAUGGAGCUAUGGAACAAUUCGAGACGAUGUCAAAAAGCAGAAUCCAUGUUUGGUUGAAUUUACACAUCUACCUGAACAAGAGAAAGGUUUCAAUCUGACGAUGGCGUACGAAACAUUACGCACUAUUGUUGCUCUUGGAUAUCAUGUUGGAAUAGCUGAUGAAGAUGCCGAGUAUAAACUAAGAAAAUUGAAAUUGCCGAGAAAUUACAUGAUGGCAAGCGGAUACAAACCAUCUCCAUUGGAUUUAUCUCACGUAAGAUUGAGUCAUCAGAUGGAAAUGUUGGUGGAAAAACUGGCAAACAAUGCACAUAAUGUAUGGGCAAGAGAAAGAGUAAAGCAAGGAUGGACGUAUGGACUUAAUCUUGAUGUGAAAACCAAACGAAAUCCAAGACUUGUGCCUUUCCAUUUAUUGGAUGACGCGGCUAGACAAUCAAACAGAAACUCAAUUCGUGAAUUAGUCCGAACAUUACUUGGGUAUGGAUACGCUGUUGAACCUCCAGAUGAAAGAUUAAAUGAACACAGCACUGGAUCAAGCCUGAAUAUUAAGCAAGGUCAUUGUCGAAUGUACAGAGCUGAAAGCACUUUCGCGGUGAACAAGGACAAAUGGUAUUUUGAAUUCCAGGUUGAAACAAAUGGAACAAUAAGAGUUGGAUGGGCCACAUCAGAUUGUUCUCCGGUUGUUGAGUUGGGAAUUGAUGAAAACGCCUACGUAUUGGAUGGAGCUCAUGCGCAGAAAUGGCACAACGGUCCAGAACGUUUCGGUCACGUGUGGAAUGUAAGUGAUGUGAUUGGCUGCUUGUUGGAUUUUAAUGAACGAACAAUUGCAUUCACACUGAACGGGGAAAUCAUGAUUGAUAGCACUGGACAAGAGGUUGCAUUCAGUAAUAUCCCUGCUGAUACUUAUCUUGUGCCAAUUGUAAGCCUGGGGGUUGGACAGAGCGGUUCUCUCAAUCUUGGAAAGGAUAUCCACACUUUGAAAUAUUUUUCAGUAAAUGGUUUACAAGAAGGCUAUCAACCAUUUGCUAUUCGAAUGAACUCCAACAUACCAAUGUGGUUUACCAAGAAUCUUCCAAUGUUUCAAACUGUCAAUGGAAAACACUCUGAUAUUGAAAUUACGAGGAUACCAGCUGGUAACCAUCUUCCACCAAGAUUACGUGUCAUUCACAAAUGGUUAGGAGGACCUCGCGCCAGAGAAAAAUCAGUUGAAUAUUUAUUCACAAGAUUGAACAUGCCUGUGAAGAUGGCAGAAAAAUUUACAAAAAGUCCUGGAACUCAAAUUAACAUGUUUACUGAUCAAGAAUCUGAAUUUGAAGAUAUUGACAGUGAUUUUGAAGUUCUUCGCAAAAGUGCUCGUGGAUUACUCGCACCUCUGACAGCUCAUGAUCAAAAACAUUUGUCGCCUGCACCAAGGCAUAGCAAAGUAUCCAAGUUUCCAUUUUCGAAGUCAAAAAAUCUUUCACCGCAAGCAAGUACAGCAGGUGCUCUACCACCUAAUUCACCAGGAGGAACAAGAUUAACGGAGGAAGUAUUGCCUGAUCAGUUCGCAGAUGUUCUGUAUAAGAACGAUAUCGAACAACUUCUGAAGAGCACUCAAUAUUCAUUUUCCGUUCGGAUUUUCCCAUCACAAGAAUCAUCAAAUGUAUAUGUUGGAUGGGUGACCUCAGAUUUUCACACAUGCUCGUCUAAGUUUCACAUGGAACAAAUUCGACACGUAACCAUCACAUUGGGUGAUGACAGAGGGAAAGUUAGUGACAGUGUGAAAAGAUCAAACUGCUUUAUGUUAUGGUGUGGUGAUCUCCCACAAGCUCCAUCUCCACCAAACAGCAAACCUGGUGGAAAUCCAAGUGUAUCUGGUAUCAUCGUAAGCUGUACUGUCGAUCUUGCUACUGGACUACUCACAUUUUCAGCAAACGGAAAAGAUCUCAACACCUAUUAUCAGGUUGAACCUGAGGUUCUCUUGUAUCCAGCUGUCUUUGCAUUGCCUUCUUCUGCGAAUGUCUUUCAGUAUGAAUUGGGAAGAUCUAAGAGUUGUAUGCCAAUUUCAGCUGCCAUGUUUCAAUCUGAGAGGAAAAAUGUGAUUUCUCAGUGUCCACCAAGAUUACAGGUGCCAAUAUUUAUUCACACGCACAUUGGGCAAGAUUGGAAGAAAAUCCAGUUGCACCUUUAUGUAGAAAAGAAAAUCACCAUAAAGGAAUGGUCCAUCAAGUUUAUUGCUGUCCAUAUACCAGAGGAGAACAGAAGUAUUAAUUUAUUAGAAUUGACAGAACAUGAAAACCUACUCAACUUUCAUGAGCAAACCCUCAAAUUAUAUUGUGCUAUGAGUGCCUUGGGCAAUCACAGAGUUGCUCAUGCACUUUGCAGUCAUGUUGAUGAAAGGCAGCUCAUGCAUACAAUUAAAAGUGUAUAUCUAUCUGGACCACUCAGAAUGCAGUACCAUAAUCUUCUUAUUGAAAUGCAUUUGGCACCACACGCUGAUGCAAGAGUCAACACUCGAGAAGAAUACAUUUUCCCAUUGAAUGAUUCCACAAAAUCAGUUAGUUUAUUUGCAAACUCAGAAACGAAGGAAGCAGGUUUACCUGGAGUUGGAAGAAGCAGUACAUUGCGCCCUCGUAUGAAUUGGUCUACAAUACAGUUUGUGACAUCCCCGCAAUUACUAUAUUGUCCAACUGAAGUUCCUGAAAUACGGCUGAAUAAUCUUCGUGAUCAUGUAAUUCAACAAUUGCUUGAAGUUGUCAGCAUUGGAAACAUGAAUUUUAAGGAAGCGUGUGGGGAAAAACAGGAAUUUCUAUUUGUGCCUCUGUUGAACUUAACUGUCAGAUUGUUACAAAUGGGAGUCUUUCGAAACAGUGAUCUUGAACAACUUCUUACAAUGAUUGAUCCUUAUUAUAUGGGAUCUCUAAUUGAAAACAAUGAAGUCUUGAGGGCGAAGGUCGGAUGUGGAUUGUUGAGGCUGAACCUGGUGGAAUCAGUAAAAAUUGAAGUUUGUCAGAUGUUGAUGCAUUUCAGUGAUCUUGUUCUCAGACACAGAGUAGAAGCAGUAAACUCAUUUGCAACAUUGAUUGUUGGAAAAAUGCAAAUGAACCAAAAAGAUAGAUAUCAAAAUGUGAUGCAAGCAUUAAAUAUGUCUGCAGCAAUGACUGCAAAGAUGACGAAAGAAUUUCGAUCUCCACCAGCAGAUCAAGUCGGACUGUUACUCAGUUUCAAAGAUGAAGAUGCGGAAUCAGAUUGUCCAUUGUCCGAUGAUAUUAAAUCGAUGCAAUGGAAUUUUCAUAUGGAUUUAUUAAGACAUUGUGGAGAACAUUUGGAUGAAGAAGAUGAAGGAGAAGUUGAGAUGACAUGGAGGCAGAAACUAUCUUCUUUCAUAUCUCGACUGAAACGAUCAAAAGCAUCUGAUGAAGUAACCGGUGCAGCAAAAGAAGAAGCAAAUGGAAUCAAUUCAUUUCAACAACUUGUUAUAAAAACGAUUGUGAAGUGGGCUGAAGGAAGCGAUAUUCAAGAUCCAGCUUUAAUUCGUAUCAUGUUUGAAUUGAUGUUCAGACAAUAUAAUGCUGUUGGAGAGCUUCAACAAGCUUUACAUAAGGCAUAUUGUAUCAGUGAAGUUUCAGAAACAGAUACAAUGGAUUUGGUUGAAGCAUUGACAAGGAUUCGAUCUUUACUUUCUGUUAAACUUGGACGAGAGGAAGAAAUUAUGAUUAUUAAAGGACUCAACCAAAUCAUGAAUAACAAAGUGUUUUAUCAACAUCCGAACUUGAUGCGAGUUGUAUGCAUGCAUGAAACCGUGAUGUCUGUCAUGGUUAACGUAUUGGGAAGUUCUAGUGAUGAAGAUUCAGAGUCUGGAGGUCCAGAAAUUCUAUUUCCGAAAAUGGUUGCAGCGUGCUGCAGAUUUCUUUGUUAUUUCUGUAGAAUAAGUCGACAAAAUCAAGGAGCAAUGUUUGAUCAUUUGGGAUUUCUUCUUGGGCAUAGUGCAGUCGGACUAGCUUCACCAUCUAUGAGAGGAUCUACACCACUAGAUGUUGCUGGCGCGUCAGUUAUGGACAACAAUGAACUUGCUUUGUCACUUAGAGAACCUGAACUAGAAACGGUUAUCACUCAUCUCUCAGAAUGCGGAUUGCAAAGUUGUCCUCUUUUAUUAUCAAAGGGAUAUCCAGAUAUUGGAUGGAACCCAGUAGAGGGAGAGCGCUAUGUAGAUUUCCUGAGGAAUGCUGUCUUUGUCAAUGGUGAGAGUGUUGAAGAAAAUGCCAACCUGGUUGUGAGACUUCUUAUUCGAAGACCUGAGUGUCUGGGACCAAGUUUACGAGGUGAAGGAGGUCAAGGCCUUCUUGCUGCAAUAACUGAAGCAAUUCAAAUAUGUAAAGAUCCUUCUAGAGAUGGUCCAGAGCAUGCACAUGGUCAUCAUUUUCAUUUCCAACACCACGAAGAAGAUGAAGAAGAGGAAGAAGUACAUAUGGGAUUUUCCAUAUUGGCUUUUUAUUCUGCUUUGAUUGAUUUACUUGGAAGAUGUGCUCCUGAGAAAUCAUUGAUUAUGCAGGGUAAAAGUGAGGCUCUCCGCAUCCGUAGUAUCCUUCGUUCUCUCGUACCUCUGGAAGAUUUGAUUGGGGUUAUCAACAUACCCUUUGAUUUACCAAGAGUAGAGAAAGAUGGAAUGGGAACAGUAAGAGAACCAGUCCUAUCAGCUUCCUUUGUACCAGAUCACAAAGCAGCAAUGGUUUUAUUCCUUGAACGUGUAUAUGGCAUUGAAGAUUCAGAUUUCUUUCUUCGACUUAUUGAAGUUGGAUUUCUCGCUGAUAUGAAAGCAGCAGCGAGUCUUGAUACGCCUGCACUUAUGUCAACUGAUAUGGCACUUGCAUUGAAUCGAUAUAAUGGCCCACAGUGUGCUGCCACAUCAUUAAUUAAUGUGAAAUUCUUGGAAGGAAGAGAACACAGAGUUGCUUUAAUUGAUUCAUUGCUGAACACAAUCUAUAGAAUGUCCAAAUGUCGUUCUUUGACAAAUGCACAAAAACAAGUGAUCAGCACGUGUUUGGAUUCUGUGGCCGGUGUUCUUCGACCAGCCUCUCUUCACAAUCUUUUGAGAAAACUUGCAUUCGAUGUUCCAGCGCUCAACAAACAAUGUGAAACGCCUAUUCGUCUUCUUACUCUUCAUUACACACGAUGCUGGAAAUAUUAUUAUCUUGAAUCUGGAGGAGAUCAACAAGGCUGUGCAACAGAUGAAGAAAAGCAUCUUACAAUGAUGUUGUUCUGGGGAAUAUUUGAUGCAUUGUCCAAAAGACAAUUUGAACCAGAAUUGUUUGGUAAAGCUUUGCCAUGUUUAUGUGCAAUUGCAAAUGCCCUUCCACCUGAUUAUGCUUUAUCACCUGUGAUGGAAAGAUUACAAAAGCAACAAGACAUGGACACAGAAGGAAAUUUUAAUCCAUCACCUUUGGAUACCACAGGAUUUGAACUACCUGACAAAAUGGAGAAUUUUGUAUCAAAGCUUGCAGAACAGGAGCAUGAUACUUGGUCUCUUGAUAUGUUUGCUAAAGGAUGGACUUAUGGAGCAACUUACUCUGAGCAUAGGGAUGUAAGACAACACCCCAUGUUGAAACCUUAUAGGCUCUUCAAUGAUAAGGAGAAAGAUGUGUAUCGUCCACAAAUCCGUGAAGCACUGCGAGCACUGAUUGCAUGGGAGUGGACAUUUGAGCGAUCUAAAGAUACUGGAGAUAUUUAUAGUGCUGGGCCAAGGUUGAGAAGAAUAUCACAGAGUAGCGUGAGCAUGGCAAUCGAUUCACCACAUGGCUACAGCCCGAGACCAUUCAAUCUAAGCAAUAUUACAUUGACAAGAGAACUUACAGCAACUGCAGAGAUGCUCGCAGAAAACUUUCAUCUGAUGUGGGCAAGGAAGAAAAAACAUGAGCUUGAAACAAAGGCAUUGGCGGCAGCAAUACCUGGAAGCCCAUUACCAUUGCCACAACAUCCAAUGUUGGUGCCCUAUGACACUCUAACAGCUAAAGAGAAAGAGAGUUACAGAAACAAAGCCUAUGAUUUGCUCAAAUUUUUACAAGUAAACAACUACAAUCUGGUCAAACUUCAAGAAGAAGUGAUUGAAGUAAAAUCAACAAUUGAAAAGAGAUUUUCAUUCACUCUCCUAUCAAGAUUGCUACAAUAUGUUGAACACGCUGGAAGUUACAUUUCUGCAUUGACUCGUGCAAUCGAUCUCACGAAACAACGUAGACGAGAACAGACAGCAAAUAUUCUGCUUUCAACUACACCUGCUGUUAAUGUUCCUCAAAGUGAUGAUAUUCGAUUUUUUGCCAAGAUUAUUCUUCCAUUCAUGGAAUCAUAUUUCAGAACUCAGCAAUUAUAUCUUGUAUCAGUACCUGGUAUGAGAUCUGAUGGAAUGUCAUCUGCAUCUAAUAAAGAGAAAGAAAUGAUGGCAAGUUUGUUUUGUAAGAUGUCUGCACUGAUUCGACAGAAAACUUCACUUUUCGGAAAUGAUGCAGUUACUGCUGUAAGCUGUCUGGAUGUUAUCGCAAGAUGCAUUGAUGCUUCAACUGUGAUCAAAUCUUGUCCAGAUCAUAUCAAACAAGCAUUGAUUGUAUUUUUCAAUCACGCAGCAGAAGAUCUUGACAAAAUGGUAGAUACAAUAAGAACUGGAAAACUCAGUCAGUUGAAGACAUUGUCAAAAAGUGCACAGAGUGUCAGUUAUGUUACUAUGGCUCUAUUACCCACAUUAUGCACUCUGUUCAAGCAUUUGGGAAAACACAAUUUUGGAAUUGAUUUACUCUUGGAUGAAAUGCAAGUAGCCUGUUACAAAAUUUUGAAUAAUCUUUAUACGCUUGGAACUGGAAAAAAUUCAUUUAUAGAGAGUUUGAUUGAUUCGGAUUGCGAAGAAAUUGUAAUUCGACUUGUUGAAGCUAUUUUCAUGCAGCAUCGACCACUUGCAGGAGAAUGUUUGGCAGCAUUCACGAGUGCUUUUCCGGUUGCUUUUCUUGAACCAGCAUUGAACAAAUAUAAUUUAUAUUCCAUCUACAAUAUUCUGAGCAUUAAAGACAGACAAUUGCUUGGCCUUCCUCCAAAACUUGAUCAACUGACUCCAAGAAUUCCUGAUCUUGAAACACUCUUGCAAGAUAUUGAAAGUUUGGCAGAUUCUGGAGCAAAAUAUGAAGAUGCACCGGAAAUGAUUGACAUCAUCUUACCUAUGAUAUGCAGUUAUCUGCCUACAUGGAUCAAAUUUGGACCAGACUAUUUUACGCAAGGUGUAGGUGAUGAUGACACAUCAGGAGUUGAUGGAUGCUGUUCAAUAGUAUCAAGUGAUACUAUGAACAAUGUGCUACGAAAUGUGUUGAAAUUGAUUCAGAACAAUCUGGGAUCAGAAGACGCUGACUGGAUGAGAAGAAUUGCUGUUUACGCCCAACCAAUAAUGUCACUUGGUGACCCUGAUAUAUUGGAAACACAUUUCUUGCCUAUUCUGGAAAAAACAUUGAAAAAGUUGCAACGAACUCAAGCAUUGGAAGAACAGCUUGCUGCUCAUCAUGGACCAAUGACUGACACUCUUUCAUCUGUUAAAUCUGAUACCAAAGUUGGAGAUGUAUCUGAUCUUGAACUAAUGAUGUUGGAAGAUUACGGAAUUAUAUCCAGGGAUAUUUAUGCCUUCUAUCCAUUGCUGAUUAGAUAUAUUGAUUUGAGCAAAUCUACAUGGGUGAGAGACAAACUACCAGAGGCAGAAAAGUUGUUUCAUCGAGUUGCAAAAAUAUUUAUUUCAUGGGCAAAAUCAACUAAUUUCCGUCGUGAAGAACAGAACUUUGUUGUGCAAAACGAAAUAGACAAUAUGGCAAUUUUGACCUCAGAACGCGGGGGACAAAACGUUGAUGCCACAAGACGAGUGAUUUCAAGGCGAGGAGAUCGUUAUUCUGUUUCCACUUCAUUGAUUGUGGCAUGUUUGAAGAGAAUGUUACCUGUUGGCUUGAACAUGGGAAAUCCAAGCGAUUAUAAACUUAUUCAAGAAGCAAAAAAUAAGUUUAUACGACGUGAUUCUGAAGAUGACGUCCGAGACUUUUUGACAGAAAAUCUGAAGUCACCAAAGCAUAUUGUUGAUAAAUCUGAUCCAUCAUGGCAGCUAGAAAUGUAUUCAAACGAAUUGGCUGCCAAAGCAAUCAGUAGAAGUAUUGAUCUUGGUUCUGAUCAUAAAUUUGACAAUAUCAAGUUUGAAGCAGAGAAGAGCAGAAGAACGGCCUUAGAUAGAAGAGUAACUCGUCUUCUAGAUAUUGCCAAAGUUCAACAUCAUCUAUAUCUGGUUGAACAUCCACCAAAAUCUCGUAAAGCAGUCUGGAAAAAAUUGAUGUCAAAACAAAGAAAAAGAGCUGUUGUAUCUUGCUUCAGAAUGGUACCUUUGUACAAUCUCACCAGGCAUCGAGCAACGAACUGUUACAUAUUGUCAUAUGUGAAAUUGUGGUUGGAAUUGGAAGAGCAGGAUCAGUGUACAAUGAUUGAUAUUAUAGCGCCUGCAAAAGAAAAUGUGAUUGAAAAUGGUGAUCAACAAGAAGAAUCAAGCAAACCUGAUCCGCUCCAACAACUUAUAUCAGUGUUCAACAUGACCUCAAUGACUGCACCUGUGCCAAUGGAAACAGAUGACUUAUACAUGAAUUAUGCGAAUAUGAUGGCAAAAAGUUGUCAUACAGGUGAUGAUGACGAGGAAGAAGCUGAAGAGGAGGGAGAGGACACUGCUCAAUCCUUCGAGGAAAAAGAACGAGAAAAACAACGACUUCUGUAUGAACAAGAAAGACUUGCGUCCAGAGGAGCAUCUGAGAUGGUUUUAUAUAUGGUCAGUGCAAGUGGAGGAGAAUUUUCCGAUAUGGUCAUGGAAACCUUAAAUCUUGGUAUCGCAUUGCUUACUGGUGGAAAUCAAAUGGUCCAAAAGAAAAUGUUGGAACAUUUAAAAGAAAAGAAAGAUGUCCGGUUUUUCACUAGUCUGGCUGGAUUAAUGACUCAAUGCAGUGUUCUUGAUCUGGAUGCAUAUGAACGUUGCCUUAAAGCUGAAAACUUGGGUUCAGUGUCAGAUGCAUCAGCAGCACAUGGAGGUAAAGAAACAAUGCAUGAUGCUGAAUUCACUUGUGCUUUAUUUCGUUUUCUUCAACUGACAUGUGAAGGUCAUAAUGCAGAUUUCCAGGACUACCUUCGAACGCAAGUUGGCAAUAAUACGACAGUCAACAUAAUCAUAUGUACUGUUGAUUAUCUUCUGAGAUUGCAAGAGUCUAUCAGCGAUUUCUAUUGGUACUAUGCCAGCAAAGAGACAAUAGAUUCUCAGGGUCAAGCAAAUUUUUCAAAGGCUAUUACAGUUGCAAAACAAGUUUUCAACUCGCUGACUGAAUAUAUUCAAGGACCUUGUCAAGGAAAUCAGCAAGCCCUUGCUCACAGUAGAUUGUGGGAUGCUAUUGUUGGCUUCUUGCAUGUGUUUGCCAACAUGCAAAUGAAAUUGUCACAAGAUGCUGCAAAUCAAUUGGAAUUGCUGAAACAACUUCUCGAUCUACAGCAAGAUAUGAUUGUUAUGCUGCUGUCUAUGCUUGAAGGAAAUGUCGUCAACGGUACCAUUGGAAAGCAGUUGGUUGAUACACUCAUCGAAUCAUCACAAGAAGUUGAAUUAAUUCUGAGUUUUUUCAACAUGUUUUUGCGUCUGAAAGAUCUUACUUCAUCAGAAUCUUUCCAUGAAUUUGAUCCUAACAAGAAAGGAAAAAUAACUAGAAGGGAUUUCCAAAAAGCAAUGGAAGCAUCGAAAUUAUACAAUAGUGAAGAGAUUGAAUUUAUGUUGAAAUGUGCGGAAUCUUCGGAAAGUGAAUUACUCGAUUAUGUUGAGUUCACCGAUCGAUUUCAUGAACCUGCUGCUGAUAUUGGUUUCAAUGUUGCUGUUCUACUCACCAACUUGUCCGAGCAUAUGCCCAAUGACAACAGAUUGGCAAAAUUCAUGGAAAUGGCCGAAGCAAUGUUGGAGUAUUUUAAACCAAAUCUUGGUAGGAUUGAAAUCAUUGGUGGAGCAAAAAGAAUUGAACGAGUAUAUUUCUAUAUCAAAGAAUCAAGUUUGGAUCAAUGGCAGAAACCCCAGGUUCAAGAAUCGAAGCGUCAGUUUUUCUUUGAUGUCAUCAAUGAAGAAGGUGACAAAGGAAAGAUGGAAGAAUACGUCAAUUUCUGUGAAGAUACAAUUUUUGAGAUGCAACUUGCUGCUGAUAUUAGUGAAGCAACAUUUGAAAAUUCAGAAGGUGGAAAUGAAGAAGCAGAAGAAGAAGAAGAAGAUGAAGAAAAUGCUGAUGAAUCAUCACCAACUUUGACCAGUUACAUAUCAACAUUUACACCUAAUAAUAUGAAAAAGAGUUACAAGAAAUAUCGAGCAAUGUCUUGGAUUGAAGUGUUCAUUGCUUUAUUCUGGUUCGUUCUUGGAAUCAACUGGACUGCUAUGAAAUCAUCCAUAUUCAUGCUGGGAGCUAUCAUCAAGUUCAUAUUCUACGCAAUGUUUUCUGGUAAGCUGAUUGAAACUCUGAAAAAUACUACAUUCUCAGAUAUCAUGAAUGGAAUGCCUCAUCCAACUCAUGAAGGAAUUGAGAAGAAGGAUGCACUCACGCAGUCUGGAUUUUCAGUGAAUGGAUCGACAAUGACAGAAGCAGAUGAUAAAGAAGAUGACACUGAGAUUAUUUCCAAUGUAUUUGGACUUGAUAUCAGCAAAGAGGAAGAGUUGAUCAGACUUGUUGCUCCUCAUAAACCUGAUGCUGGAUUUGGUGACUUCACUGUUGACGAAGCUGCAGAUACAAUCAGUUUGAAUCAGUCAGAAGAUGGAGAUCAUAGUCCUAAUACAACACCCGCUGCUGUUAAACGUCGAAGACAUGCUUUGAUCAGAAGCAGAAUAAAGCAUGGUGUUGAGGACAAAGAUCAUUUAGCAGCAGGAAAUCAAUCAGCAACAAACAGUGAACCAGAACAUGAACCUCAAUCACAAUGGACUUAUUGCAUGAAAAUGUGUGAAAGACCUGCAAGAUACAAAAAAGAAGAAAAAGUCGAUGAAGGAUCUCCCUUCAAAGAAAAAUUUUCAAAAUUUAUGCGUGGUGUUUUGGGAAUUUUUGCCAGAAAUUUUUACAACUUCAAGAUUCUUGCUCUUGCUGUCACUUUUGGAAUCAACUUUAUGUUGCUGUUUUUCAAGUGGCAAGAUUUUGAAGAAGAUCAAGAUGAAGGAGGAGAUUCAGGGGAAAAUAUUCCUCCACCAGUAGACGAUUCACAAAAUGAAGAUGGAAGGCCUGAUAUUUUAAUUUUGGAGGAAAAAUCUGGAUAUAUGGAAUCUGCAUUGUUUAUAUUUGCUGUCAUUCAUUCAUUUCUCAGUUUCUCAAUGCUCGUAUCAUACUACAUGCUCAAGGUUCCACUUGUCAUAUUUAAACGAGAAAAGGAAGUUGCCAGAAAGCUUGAGUUCGCUGGAUUGUAUGUGACAGAAGAACCAAGUGACGAUGAUUUGACUGGACAAUGGGACAGACUUGUUAUAUCAUGUCCAUCAUUUCCAUCAAAUUACUGGGAUAAAUUUGUUAAAAAGAAGGUCGUGGAUAAAUAUGGUGGACAAUGCGGACCAGACAAAGUCAGAGAUCUCCUAGGUAUGGAUAAAUCAGCAACAAGUUUCCAAGAUUUUGAAGAAGAAAAACCAAAGGAAAAUUUCUUUGUACAUGCGAUGAAAAAUCUUGACAUCAAAUACAAAAUUUGGAAGUUGGGAGUUAUGUUUAUGGAUAAUUCAUUUCUUUACAUCUUGUGGUAUUUCGUGAUGUCAUUACUUGGACAUUACAAUACCUUCUUCUUUGCUUCUCAUCUCCUUGAUAUUGCUAUGGGCUUCAAGACAUUGAGAACAAUUUUAUCUUCUGUUACGCAUAAUGGAAAACAGCUGGUGUUGACUACAGGAUUCCUGACAGUAGUGGUGUAUCUGUACACUGUAGUUGCGUUCAAUUUCUUCAGAAGAUUUUACAACAAGAGUGAAGGAGAAGAGCCUGACUGGAAGUGUCACGACAUGUUCUCGUGCUUCCAAUUUCACUUGUAUGCUGGCGUGAGAGCAGGAGGAGGAAUCGGAGAUGAAUUAGAAGAUCCAUCUGGAGAUGAAUAUGAGUUGUGGAGAAUCUUGUUUGACAUCUCUUUCUUCUUCUUCGUUAUUGUCAUUUUGCUAGCCAUCAUUCAGGGUUUGAUCAUUGAUGCCUUUGGAGAACUUCGUGAUCAACAGGAGCAAGUGAAAGAAGAUAUGGAUACAAAAUGUUUCAUUUGUACAAUUGGAAAUGAUUAUUUUGAUCAAGUACCGCAUGGGUUCGAAACCCAUACAAUGCAAGAACAUAAUCUUGCAAAUUACAUGUUUUUCCUCAUGCAUCUUAUUAACAAGGAUGAAACAGAGUAUACUGGGCAAGAAACUUAUGUUUGGCAACAAUAUCAAGAAAGAUGUUGGGAAUUCUUUCCCAUUGGUGACUGCUUUAGAAAGCAGUAUGAGAAUGAGCUAUCAGGAUGAGGUAAAAUGGUAUUCAAAUGUAGGAACAUGGUACCAACCAAAUGCUUUGUGCAGAUGGAAAGCACAAGAUCAGUUUAAAAUUUGGAAACCGUGUAUCAAUAUUACUUAUGGUCUUUAUGGAUUUCGAGAUGAACUUUUUCUUUAUCUUAUUUUGCAUCACAUGAUUUUCUUUCUUUACAAAAACUUCAAUGGAGAGGUUCAAGGGGAUCAUGUGAAUCUGUUAUUGAAAUAUCAUGAUAAUCAGAAAAUUAUAGAUUUGUCAUUUUCUGAAACCAGGGAACCUGUUGUUAAUGAAUUAUAUACAAAAGGGUACCCGUUUCUAAAAUUCGUUUUGUCAAUUCUAACUGUUUGUGUAGUAGUAAAUUAGUAGUCUCUCUUGAAAGUAACAAAGAUUAGUUUUCAUCCCCACACCGCACUACCAUUGCUCUUUCUUUCAAAAUCGUCUUGUUUUAUAGAAUCUGCAUGUUUUUGUUUAAUUUUAUUAUUAUUUUUACAUUUGUUUCAUAGGAGCAUAAAACUGUACAGAACAAAUUCUUUUCUUUCUUGUUCAAACUUUUCUUGUGUAGAUUUCUAACAUAUUGAACUGAUUUCUCACGUGUGUUUGGUCUGGAAUGUUUCUGCUCAAUUAUUUAUUAAUCAUCAAUAUUAUAAAGUGCUACUUGCCAAAUAAAUAUCCAUUUCAUAUA